AUGGAGGAGCUGAUUGUGGAGCUGCGUCUCUUUCUGGAGCUCCUGGACCACGAGUAUCUGACGUCGACGGUCAGAGAGAAGAAGGCCGUGGUCACCGAGAUCCUGCUGCGGGUGCAGUCAGCCAGAGGUUUGGAUGUCAAAGAUCCCCCGCAGAAACAGGAGCCCCCGGGCCCCCUGCCGGCCCCGCCGCAGAUGCCGCUGCCCGAGAUCCCUCAGCCCUGGCUGCCCCCCGACUCCGGGCCCCCCCCGCUGCCCACGUGCUCGCUGCCCGAGGGCUACUAUGAGGAGGCCGUGCCGCUGAGCCCCGGGAAAGCCCCAGAGUACAUCACGUCAAACUAUGACUCAGAUGCUAUGAGCAGCUCUUACGAGUCCUAUGAUGAAGAGGAGGAAGACGGAAAGGGGAAGAAGACGCGGCACCAGUGGCCGUCGGAGGAGGCGUCCAUGCACCUGGUAAAGGAUGCCAAGAUCUGUGCCUUCCUGCUGCGGAAGAAGCGCUUCGGGCAGUGGACCAAACUGCUGUGCGUCAUCAGGGACACCAAGCUGCUGUGUUACAAGAGCUCCAAGGACCAGCAGCCGCAGAUGGAGCUGCCGCUGCAGGGCUGCACCAUCACGUACACGCCGAAGGACAGCAAGAAGAAGCAGCACGAGCUGAAGAUCACACAGCCGGGCGCGGACCCGCUGGUGCUGGCUGUGCAGAGCCAGGAGCAGGCGGAACGGUGGCUGCGGGUGAUCAAGGAGGUGUACAGUGGCUGUGGCGGGCCCGCGGACCCCGAGGGGCCUCCCCUGUGCAGCUCCCCGGUGCACAAGGUGGAACUGGAGAAGAAGCUGUCCUCCGAGAGGCCCAGUUCGGAUGGGGAGGGUGCAGCAGAGAAUGGACUAGCCCUGUGCAACGGGAAGGAGCAAGUUAAGAGGAAGAAGAGCGCCAAAUCCGAGACCAAGGGGACAGCGUCGAAGGUGGCCGGGAAGAAGAUCACCAAGAUCAUGGGGCUGGGAAAGAAGAAGCCGUGGACAGACGAGCAGACGUCCUCCGCCGAGGAGGACGUGCCUACCUGCGGCUACCUCAACGUGCUGACCAAUAACCGCUGGCGGGAGCGCUGGUGUCGUGUCCGGGACAAGCAGCUGGUCCUGCACAAGGACCGCACCGACCUCAAGACCCACCUGGCGUCCAUUCCACUGCGGGGCUGCGAGGUGAUCCCGGGCCUGGACGCCAAACACCCCCUCACCUUCCGGCUGCUACGCAACGGCCAGGAGGUGGCGGUACUGGAGGCUGCCUCUUCUGAGGACAUGGGCCGGUGGAUCGGCAUUCUGCUGGCCGAGACGGGCUCUUCCACCGACCCUGCAGCCCUGCACUACGACUACAUCGACGUGGAGCUGUCUGCGAAUGUCAUCCAGACAGCCAAGCAGACCUUCUGCUUCAUGAACAGGCGUGGCCUGUCCACCAACCCCUACCUGAGCGGCUCCGCCAAUGGCUACGCCCAACCCAGCGCCUCUGGGCUGCACUACGACGAUGUCCCCUGCGUGAAUGGCACGUGGGAACCGGAAGACGGCUUUGCUGCUGCGCGAGGCAGAGGCCCGGGAGAAGAGGUGCUUUAUGAUAACGCAGGCCUGUACGAUAACUUGCCGUCUCCGAAAAUCUUUGCACGCUACCCACCUGCUGACAGAAAGGCUGCUAGGUCACCUCCCGACAAACUGCCCUGUAACCAUUACAAGCGGCCCGCCUGCGGCCCGCCCUGCUCCCAGUCUCUCACUAACACCUCUUCCGUGGGGAGGGCGUCUCUCGGGCCCAACUCCCAGCUGAAGGGGAAAAAGCCCCCCCUCGCCUCCAACGGGGUCGCGGGCAAGGGGAAGGCUCUGAGCGGGCAGCCGAGGAAAGUGGACGCGGCCACCGGAGUGAAGCGCAGCGCCUCAAAUGCCGACCAGUACAAGUACGGCAAGAACCGCGUGGAGGCCGACGCCAAGCGGCUGCAGAGCAAAGAGGAGGAGCUGCUGCGGCGGAAGGAGGCGCUGCGGAACCGACUGGCGCAGCUGCGCAAGGAGCGCAAGGACCUGCGAGCGGCCAUCGGCGUGAACGCGGGCGCCAGUGGCCGGAGGACGCAGCAGGCCCUGGAGGAGAAGCUGCGGCGGCUGGAGGAGGAGUGCCGGCAGCAGGAGGCCGAGCGCGUCAGCCUGGAGCUUGAGCUGACCCAGGUGCAGGAGAGCCUGCGCAAGGCGCUGGCCGGCGGCGUCACGCUGGGGCUGGCCAUCGAGCCGCGCUCGGGGACGUCCAGCCCGCAGUCCCCAGUUGCUCGGCACCGUACACUGGAGAACUCACCGCUCUCCAGCUGCGAGACGAGCGAUGCCGAGGGCCCGGUCCCCGUCAACAGCGCCGCAGGCCUGAGGAAGGGCCCACCCGGCGCCCUUGGCAGCUCCCCGUGCCGCGGCCAUGUGCUGCGCAAGGCCAAGGAAUGGGAGCUGAAGAACGGGACCUAGAGGAGGGCUGGCCACGAGGCGGCCUGUAGGCUCCGCCCCCAGCGCCCCCCUCAGGACACCCCUCCGUGGCCGGAGCAGCCUUGUCUUCCCUGCCGUGUGACGGAGCCCACAGACACGGCUUCUCUGGUCCCCUCCUGCCUCGCUCAGAACCAGAACGAGGCU